AUGUCCGGAUGGAAUGCCUACAUUGACAACAUGAUCCUCAGCUCGCCAGCCAUCAAGCGUGCCGCCAUCGUCGGGCUUGACGGCUCUGUUUGGGCCAGAACCGAAGGCGACAAACAAUUCAAGGUGAACAUUUUGCUAUUCUCCUUCGAAAACUGAAAGAGAUGGUUUUAGGCCGGAGAAGCGGAGCUCAAGACGUUCACCGCACUCUUCAAUGACGUCUUCAACGUGCCGUCAACCGGAGCCGACAUCGAGGGCGUGCACUAUGUGGUGCCACGCGCCGAAGAGUCGCUCAUCUUCGGAAAGAAGGACAACACCGGCUUCUUUGCCGUCAAGACCAAGACCGCCGUGCUGAUCGCCGUCUACGAGGGACCGAACGAGGUGGCCGCUACGGUGCGCAAGACUGUCGAGAGCGUCGGUGGAUACCUGACCUCAUCCGGAUAUUAA